GGGUGGUGCAAUGAGUGAAUGGUGGUGGGUAGGGCCGAGUUAGGGAGGGACUGAGGAGCGUUUAGGGGUAAAUUAUGCUAGAAGGAAAAGGCGCAGAUAACGAGAGAAGGAUUAGAAUGGCUUAAUUAUGACUUUUCUUCAUAAGUCCCAGGCCCUUUAGGCUUUCUUGCCUCCGUCUUGCACCGUGCAGGUUUUGGAAGACAAGAGCUGCUUCUUACACGGCCGGUUAGCUUCAGCCUCCUGCAGAGAGGCCAUGCCGAGACCCCGGAAGAGGCAGGCUGGGGCUGCGGGUCCAGAUAAGAAGAAGCUAUCUGGAAAACGUACUAAAACUGAAAACUCAGGAAGUACAUUAGUUAAGCUAGAGAACUCCAGCCCUGAAAAGACUACAACCUUUAAAAAUGGUGGCAACUACUGGUUGAUGAAGUCAGAGCCAGAAAGCCGGCUAGAGAACGGUAUAGACAUGAAGUUCAGCAUCGAGGAUCUCAAAGCACAGCCUAAACAGACAGCUUGCUGGGAUGGUGUUCGCAACUAUCAGGCUCGGAACUUCCUCAGGGCCAUGAAAUUGGAGGAUGAAGCCUUCUUCUACCAUAGCAACUGUAAACAGCCAGGCAUUGUUGGACUUAUGAAGAUUGUAAAGGAGGCUUACCCAGACCAUACACAGUUUGAGAAAAGUAAUCCCCAUUACGACCCAUCCAGCAAAGAGGAUAACCCUAAAUGGUCGAUGGUGGAUGUGCAGUUUGUUCGAAUGAUGAAGCGCUUCAUCUCCCUGGAAGAGCUUAAAACCUAUCACCAAACCCACAAAGUUACUGGGGGCCCCUUACAAAGCAUGACUCUCUUCACCCGACAGAGACUUUCAGUUCAGCGUCUGACUCAAGAAGAGUUUGAUUUUAUUUUGAGCCUGGAGGAAACAGAACCGAGUUAAUCAGAAGGCUCCACUGAUGGAGUGAACAAGCCAAGAUUUUCUAAGACAGAAGGAGAAAGCUUGCUGUUUAUACCUGGGAUCAUAAACACAGGUGCACGGGUAGUUUGUUAAUUUUUCCAAUAAAAGAUUUAAUGACAAAGUUGGAAGUGUUUUCUUCUAAACCUGUGCUGGGUGUGGAGGGAUCCUCCACUGUAGGUGUCUUAUAGCCAAGCCUGGUUCCUAUAGUCAACUAGAAGAUGCAGGCACCUCUACUCUCACCUGCCCCUAUCUCUGUAGUUAUGUAGUAAACAGCAAAAUGUAGGACUGAGUCCCUUGUUCUCUCAAUGUUCAAUGAACCUACGUCUUGAUUUUUCUAUGUUUCUUUUGGUUGUCUUUGUCCCACCAAAGUGGAAAACAUGAGGGGAUUUCAGGCAAUUGCCAGACAAACCUGAACUAGGCCAUAUUUGUCUAAAACGAGUGGUUAAUACAGUGUUCGUUACUGUUUACCAUCCACUGAAAAAGAAGGCAGUGUUGGAGUCAUGCUGCAUACUGUGUCAGAGAUGAGACAGUGUUAAGAAGACCACAGAAUCUGGUGGACCAUGGGCACAAUGCCUCCAAAGCCACAGGGCUUUCUUUAAUUAGAGACGUCAUUAAAACAAAUGUUCUUUUAAAACACAGCCAUUGAAAAGACAACACAUUAAGAAACAUGUAAACACUGCAGCUUCUUAAUUACAAGUUGCACUGCUUGGUUUAGUACCUAUGCACUCCAGGUUUGGGAACCUUAAAGGAUGGGGAUGGGAGCCUCCCCAUACUUUCACAGUUGCAGAGAAAAGAGAACCUGGGCAGAGAAAGCAAGACUUGGCUUGUGCACGGCUCCUGAGAGAAACAGCAUAUUCUACCUUCUAGUUCUCUCAGAAGAAAGGCUUAUGAUAUUAGCAAAGUUGGAAAAUGAUUUUGUGUUGUCAUCGGGGAGGCAGAGAAAUUGACAAAUGCUUUUAAAUAAGAUAUUAAAAGGAGGCACAGCAGAGUCUAGUGUCAUACCCUGAAAAAAGUAAGAGCACAAGAACCCACCUCCCUCAUUUGCUAGGGCCCAACCCUAACAGCCAAGGACAGCUGAAUGGGCGAACCUGUGCCCAUGGGGAUUGUAUGUCACACCUAAACCUGGGGUCGGGCAUGGAGAAAGCUUUAUUUUCCUUAGCGCCACUACCCCCGUCAUUCCAAGAGUCUUUCAUCUGAACUCUUAUCCAUCAGCCCCACCCUGUCAAAGCCAGAGAUUGCAAGAUUCCCCAUUUUCUACACGAACUGAAAGAUGACACAGGAACAAAUCCUUUACUUUCCAAAUUACAAAGAACAUAGACCAGCAAAUACUGUACUUAUUGAAUAUAAGGUCCUCUUUCUCAGACAGGAGGGCAGCCAACAGGAGAUGGUAGUUCUAGUCAUUUCCAGACAAGGUAGAGAAGACAGUCAACCCCUUUUCUACCUGCAGGCCAAGCACAGAGCAGGAGAAAAAACUGCCUCUUCUCUAAUACAACAACAUCCACCAGAGUUUUUCUAUUUUGUUUUUAAAUUCAAAACAAAACAAAACAGUGGGCCUAACUUGAGUCAGUGAACUGGUGAAGACAGAUGUCAUUUGGCAAGCAGAAUUAUUCUGAAGUCAUGAUAGCAGAGCCCUGCGCAGAGGCCCUUCCUCCUUUAACUAACUGUGGAUAGUGGGAUGAAAGCGUUUGGGUGGGAGUAAGAACAAAACUUGUACAUGCCCCAAACCAAGCCCAGUUACAGAAAUCAAGCAGAGGACAAGGAGUAACAUCUCAAAGGGCAGAAGCCUUUGCUUCGUGUUCCUUUAGGAGGCAAAUGGAUCCCAGCCUCUUCUAGGGAUCCUGGUUAAAGGAAAUAGGCUCUCUGCUUAGGGUUUGUUGGAUAACUUAAAAUAAUUCCCUAGAACAACCCAGACGUUGGGUUGCCAAGUGGAGUCAUGUGGUGAAGGCAAACAGUUGCCGUGCCUGAUGUUUCCCUGACAGGAGACCUGGCUCAGCCCCUUGCCAUCCACAUGUGACACCGCAUCAGGGCUUCUUAUGGCCCUGUUUCUCACAAGUGAGAGGACAGUCAGACACAACCCUUCCUUAAGCUUCUGCUCCUGUAUAGUUCCUGACAUACUAGAGAAGAUGGAGAAGAGAAGGGUCUGGUCCCAGUCGUGAGAGGCCAGAGGUGACUGUAGAAACUUCUGAGCACCACGUCCCGGACACCCAGAGAGGUAGCUUCCUGAUCUUGAGUCUUCCUCCAACUUAGAUGAGACAGGCCCAACCACUUUUGUCACUACCUCCAAACAGUCGAAGGGAGUAUAAGACAUGACUACCCAGAGCCCUGCUGGCAGGUAAAUGCCAAAGACACACUCAGCAUCUGUAUCAGGAAGCCCAGAGAACCUGGAGCCAAGGAUGUGUGCUCUCAACUCUGCUUUAAGGCUUGAGACAGUCUUGACACAUAGCUCAUUCCCAAGGAAGAGACUAGCUUCCAGAAUGUUUCCUCUCCUUAUCCCUACAUAGGCUGCAGAAUCCCAGGGAGACUACUGCCCAACCCAACCUAAGUGCCCCUUAGGUUCUUCAGAGAAAAGAAUUUAAGUAAAAAACAUGAUUUGUUUCCAAGGUUGCAAGUAACGGCCAGUUGAACCUCACACCAUCCUCCCCCUCCCCCAGUGGCUGGUAUUUGGUAGAUGGGGGUUCUGUGGUGGAAGCCCAGCAACUUCUUGG